AUGCCGGAAUCAUCAAUCCUCUAUUCAGCAGCACCCUACCACAUCAUUAGCUAUGGUGUGCUCCUGGGUACGACUACUUUCCAAUCUUUCGUUGGGGGUAUCGUAGCCUUCAAAUCGCUACCUCGACCUCAGUUUGCAACCCUCCAGCAAGCGACAUUCCCCAUAUACUUCGCCAUGCAGACCGCCUUGCCUGUGGCCCUCGCACUGACAUUCCCCGCCGAGAGGACUGCGAUCGGAACGAACCCUGCUAGCAUAGCGGGCGUCCUACAUCCAGAAAACAGACUACACGUAUUUACCCCGCUGGUGACAAUGCUUGUCUCGGGACUGUUGAACAUGGCGUACCUCGGACCCGCAACGACCAAAUGCAUGCGCGAGAGGAAACACCAGGAGACUAGGGAUGGGAAAAAGAGCUACGAUCCUCCGCCCCAUAGCACAGAGAUGCAAGCACUCAAUAAGAGAUUUGAGAGGCUGCAUGGCACCUCUUCGUUGGUGAACCUGGUGUCGUGGGCUGCUAUGGUCUGGUACGGCUUCUAUCUCGGGCAAAGGAUUGCUUGA